AUGGAUGCCCCAUUACUCACCUGCGGCCCAGAUGAAUUAAUCCUCGCGGCCAAUUCAAAGGCCCCGUUUGAAGGCCAAGUUUUUGUACGUGGACAUCACAGAAAACCCGAUUGUGCCCAUAUUUUUUCCAAUUCCGAAAACACCACAACAGAACCAAGCCUAGCCAUCCCUCUAUCCCGAAUUUCCUCCUGUGGCCUGGACUUUGAGCGGAAUAGCGAGACGAAGAGUGUCACCCUGCGUGCAACAAUUGUCUUCGCUUUCCAUCCCAUGUUCGUGACGGCGGCUGACCGAAUUUUCUCGGUUGUGUGCGCUUUCCAACAACGAGAUUUUACCGUUCAGGCCCAGUUGGAUAGUGUCAACGAUUUUUCGAGUACAAUCGUUGUUGGAGCAACAGCACUACCACCUUCGAUCCACCUAUCGAUCAGCGGCCAGGCCUUGUCGGUCGGCGAUCCUCUCCUCUUCACAUGGGCCCUGGAAGAGCAUUACCAAGUCUACGGUAUGCGAGUGAUUUCAUGUGAUGCGACAACUAGUGACGGCCUAAAAUCCUCAAGGCUCCUUGAAGCAGGCUGUAGUCUGGAUGAGACUUUGAUUGGCCAGAUUAGAUAUUCCGAAGAUGAUUCCCAAGCUUUUGCCGACGGGCUAGCAUUCAAAUUUGCGGAUGAAGACGAAGUCUGGAUCAAAUGUCAAGUUCAACUCUGCAUUCACCAGUUUGAGCAUUUACUUCUGGGAGCUACGGAUAACGCAAAUAUUUGCCAGGAGCCAGUGGACUGUAAAAAGCGGACAAAGCGCUCUACUGAAGACGAUAUACCUAUCGACGAAGAUAGUUUAAUAACCGUCAGCCAAAAAUUCAUGAUUGGUGAUCCGAAGGUGCUACCAGCUCAAGCCCUUGGACCUACCCCAAAGAAAAGCUAUUGCCUCGGGCCGACAGCUCUACUCAUCUCAUCAUCAUUAAUAUUUCUAGUAGCCAUUGCAUUGGUGUAUAUCUCAUCAUCUACCGUCAUUCGCUCGCUCAGACAAAAGUCAUAUGAUUUUAACUGU